UCAUUUUGAUCCAGUUUCGUUGUUUCAUUGAAGAAAGUAUUUGCUUUAAUAGGAAAAUCUUUCUAUGAGUGACAUAAGCAGCAGUUGCAAUACAUUACUGGACGAAUCUAUUUUCCGUCGCGUGCUUAAAGCAUAUUUCUGAAACGGUGAUUACAGUCAAUCUGUAUGCAACUGUUACGCGUUACCUCGACUAUGUCUUACCAAGGAUCACCAUAUUCGGGGCCGGGGGAUGAGUACGACUUUGAAGAUGAUGGGUACGAUGAUUUAGACGAAUAUAGAGAUCCCGAAGAUUCAUUACCGCAGCUACCAAUGGAUGACAGUGAUGAAGACACAGAAGAGGCCAGUGAAACAGAUAUACCCAACAACGAUGAACCACUCGAAAUCAAGGAACAGAUGUACCAAGACAAGCUUGUUAACUUAAAGAAACAACUUCAGCAGCUCGAGGAGAAUAUACAUCCAGAAUUCUUAAGACGGGUGAAGAGAUUGGAGCACCAACUACAUGAACGCCUACGUCUUAACAGGAUAUACAAAGAUCAUAUGUAUGAAGUUGUAGAGAGAGAAUACAUAGCGGAACAGAAAGCAGCGGCAAAAGAAUUUGAGGAGAAGAAGAUAGAGUUAAGGGAAAACUUGUUGAAUGAUUUUGAAGAGAAACGGAAAUUGAUUGAAAGUGAGAGGCACAGUAUGGAACUCAACGGAGACUCAAUAGAGGUCAAGCCGCCAAUGAAACGCAUCCUGCGAAGGCGAGCCAACGAGCCCGCGCCGGCGCCCGAGAAGCGCCGCAAGCCGCUCGCCACCACGCUCACGUUCCAGCUGGACGAGCGCGACAUCGACGCCGACCUGCGCGCCAUCUGCCGCGCCUCCCCGCCGCCGCGACACCCCCCCGCGCACCUCGCGCAGCCCCGGAAACAUCUCAACUCCAGUAGCUGCGAGUCGCCAGCGCGCGAGGCGGGCGGCGGCGCGGGCGGUGCGGGGGGCGCGGGCGGCGCGGGCGAGGCGGACGCGCGCGUGGAGGACGGCAAGCUGCUGUACGAGCGGCGCUGGUUCCACCGCGGGCAGAGCGUGUACGUGGAGGGCCGGGACUUGCCGCGCUUCCCCGCGCACAUCCACGCCAUCACCGAUGACGCGAUAUGGGUGAAGAAAACAAACUUAGAGCGAGUGAGGAUAUACGUUUCUCAGCUAACACGCGGUAAAGUGACAUUAAAAAGACGUGCCUCGUAACUCAGUGCUUAGUGAAUAGUUCUGAUUGUACGUACGUAAGGUGACAUGUACGUUGUUAGUACACGCGCUAGAUUUAAUAUUAAGAUGCAUUUUACACGGUUGUACAGUGCCAAGAAUUUACCUCACAUUGAUUUAAACGGAAUCAUAUGAUGGGGACAUGUUGGAAAAAAUAUUUUGUAAUAUUUUCAUAUUUUGUCAUAUAAUCUGGAUGCAUUUUCAAUGAAUCUAUUACGAGCUAAUAAUAACAAUAUAUUUGUAGUAUUUGUUUAUUGUACUUAUUUAUUAAAAUAAAUAACGUUUUGACCGUGUUUGUCGGUAACAACAACAUAUAAGUCUGAUAAAGUGAAAAGCAUCAGGAUAUUUAGAUCUCUUCUCUUUUUAUUAGUUUUAUUCCAUAUCGACAAUACUCAAAAAAAUACUGUAUUAUUAUUAUUUUUAAUGAGUACAUAAGCAAUAUAGAAGCUCAAUGGUACUUGUUUUGUCUAACAAUAUGAAAGUCCUAGGUUCAAUCUUAAGCUAUUAACAUCUCCAUUUCAAACACAAGUGUUUAACCAAAGAUCAACUAAAUAGGAAUAUAAAAAAGUUCUUUGAAUAGUUACAUCUAGUAAAUUAAAAAAAAAGGCAAAAAUAAUCAAAUAUUUUUUUUUUUUUAAAUGCAACAGGUUGUAUAUGACAUAUAUAUGUAUAAUUAUCAUUUAAUAUAAUACAUUUUUACAGCAUUUCCCCUAUCAUUUAUAUUGGUAACUAAAAACAUUCGCGUAUAUAAGGUAUUUUCUUUAAUAAAUUAUGAAUUACGUAUAUUUAUUCGCUGACUCUCAUUUUACAUAAGGUAAAGACACAUCGGUGCAUAUUAUUUUAUUUUUAGUAUAUACAUUGAACUAUGUAUUAAGAAUUUGUGAUGUAUAUGUAAAGUGUAUAUAAUAUUCAUAAUGGAAUAUAUAUUUUUUUAUUUACACAUGAAAUGUUAUACAUAAAGUAUGUUAUGAAUAUUAUUAUUAUUAACUAUUCAACUUUAAUUAAGUUUUCACGAGGAAUUGACAUCACAAUUAUAAUAAUUAUCGUCGGAAUAGUUUGUAAUAAUAUAAUGACAUACAAUUAUUUAUAUAUUUUGAUAUAAAAAUUAGUACUACUUAAACCUGAAUAUAAUGAUAAGAUAUACAUAACAGAGUUGAUAAUAUCAUAUGUAUUAUGUAAAUGCCUUGUUAGUCUUGAAGGUUGCCUGUAACAGUUCAGCCACCGGGCGGGACUGCCCAAAUCUAGUGAGGGCCAAAACAACUGUAAUUAUUUAAUUUUUGUUUUGUCAAUUAUUUCAAAGUAAAAGCUUUGAGUGAAGAUGUCAGUGUUAGUCAUAUGCCUGAGUAAGCACGGAAAGCCGUUGGUCGUGCGUCUGGUUUCUGUAUUGUUUUGUCACAACGGAGUGUUACUGUGGACACAUUGAACUAUUUAUUUUACACUGGCUUCAAAUAGGUUUCGGCCGGAGUGGUUAUGGACGAUUUAAUAUAAAAAGUGCAUAUAAUUUCCCUAUGUUGUGCAGAAUUGUCUCAAACCACAGAAACAGUAAUGAAAGUUAAGGAGACUUCAAAGAUUUUUAAAUACAAAAUUUUUAUUGCGACAGUACCUGAUACAUAUCUUCACACAUCUUAUGGAAUGUCUUUACAAAAUUCGCAUUUCAUUACAACAAAUAACGAGUCAUCGAAUUAAUAAAAUGAAAUUAUUAUGUUUAGAAGUUGUAUUUGAAUGACAGAAUUAACACAGUACAGUAACUUUUAAAUAAACGUUCGUUUUACGAAACGAAACGAAACGAAACGAUUGUUAGUAAUGUGCAGUCUAAAAUUGAUUAUUAAUUGAUUUAUUUAUACACUAAAUGCUAACUUACAAUCGGUCACAUGUAAUUUUUCAGUAAGGCCUUCGUUUCGAUUCAAUCAUUGAUAAGCAUUACCUUUUUAUGUUUAUAUAUGAAAUUGCAAAUGUGUUAAGCAAAUGUGCUGCUGUGUGGGUGCAUUAGAAUUGUACCUUCAUUAAUUCUAUAACAUUUUAAAUGAAAUGUAUGACGUAUGUAUAAUGUGUGGUUCACACUUGAGCUUAAUACUAGAGAUAAUGCGUAUUAUGUGUCUUUACCCUAAUUCACAGUAUUUAUUGUAAAUAUUGUAAAUAAAUGUUGUAAUAUACCGAUCAAAUGACGCGUAUUGUACAUGAUGUGAAUUUGUAUGGCGCCUUUAUUUUUUAUUAUUAAUUUUUGUGAUUUAAUUAUUAUGUGUAAAUGAGUUGUGAUUGUAAAUAGGAGAUGAUAUGGAUGUUUUUAUUAUCUUAGAUGAUAUUUGAGAAAAAGAUCUUUUAAUUAUAUGUAUUACAACAGAUGCA